AGAAAAGUAGUUUAAUUACAGCCCAUACGAGCAAACACUUGCAGCUCGAGUCCCAACUUUGGUCACGUGUGUUGUUGUUGCUGCCUGGUGACGUCAGCGGUCGAAGGACCCAGGUUAAAGAGCCAAGAUGGCGGCUACGGCCGGAGUGGGGCGUCCGGAUCGGGCAUCUGUCCGCCGCUGAGCGUCCCUCACACCUCUCAAUACAUCUCCUCUCCGCCACCAACCCCCGUCCCCUUGUCAUUUGCGUCCACUCUCCGCGGGGUUAUUAUUAUGCCUUGUUCCCGAGGCCGGGUCCCGUCUGCAGAAUGCUGCGUUCCACCGAAUUUUUCCGCAGCAUCGAGUGCCCUUUCUACGGCGCCGGCGGUGGCUGCAACCGGCCCUACUGUCACUUCAGGCACCGCCACCAGAGGCCGAGGGAGAGGCAGCCGGCCGACGAUCAGCCUCUAGCAGCCGACCGAGAACCUGGGUAUGAUCCUUACAAUCCAGAACUUCCUAAGGGUUCAUCUAGAAAUGGAGAAGAGAUCUCAGGUGACCUUACAGAAUCUAGUUCUCUAGAGUUGGAACUUGUCAACAAAGCAAUAGAGGCUGUUAAGAAUGAGGUUGAACAAGAACAGAAAAAACUGUCAAGAUAUGAGGACCUUCUUAAUACAGAAGAAGAGUCUGUCCUUUCAGCGUCAUCUACGCAAAAGACAAUUAGUGAAAUCAAGAACUGCACAGAGAUUUUGCCUAAUGAAGAUAAGUUGAUAGGUUCUUUAGAAUAUAGUCCAAAUAAUUACCACCUAAAUAGUAAUAUAGAAUACACCCCUACUCCACUUUCUGUUACUGCCUCUUCCAGUAAAUAUACGUUGGAUACAGACGAUGAAGCUGAUGCAAGAGUUAAUUCUUUGAAAUAUGUCCCAACGCUUGUGACAAAGCCAGUCAAAAAUGCUGCCUCUGCAUCCGGUAGUAAAUACGUAAUUGACAACACCAAGCCAUGCACUGACCUAGAGUAUGAUCCUUUGCUGAACUAUUCAGCCCGGCUGAUUAAAAGAAAGAUAAAGGAACAUGGGACCAAAAGGCCCAGAGGGAAUGCCUUGGAGGAGCCUUAUACACCUUCAGCGAAGAAGCAUUGCCAUCACUUGAAAUCAAGCAGCUAUGACAUGGAUGCAGAGUUCUCUGACUCUGGAGAUGAACUAAAUAAUAACCAUCAACAAUGUUAUGGUGAAAAUAAGUCAGAUCUAUUGUCUCUAAAAGCAAAACACCUAAAAGAACAGUCCGUAAAAGAAAAUUGCAAUCAAUAUGAUGUAGAUGUUAGCGGUCUUGAUAGCAAAAAAGAGGACAGAAGGAAACAGAAGUUAAAAUCCACCAGUCAAUCCUCUAAAAUUUCACAUUACAGCAAGGAAGAACUUGAAAGAGGAUGCAAAGAGAAAAAGGAUAAAGAUGGUGGCACAGAUGAUUCAAAAGUGAAGGCCAGAAAGGUUAAAGUUGAUGACGUUAAAAGUAAAUCACCCCACCCACAGAAAGUUGGUCAUAAGGAAAAAAUAAAAUGUGCAAAAGAAACUGUAGAAACUAGGCGAGAAAAACAAGGGGAGAAGUUGAAAGCCAGAAAGAAUGGUGAUAAUACAUUUGUUGAAAAGAAACACAAAGAUUCUGGAAAAAAUGAAACCAAAGAAGAAAAGCAAAGAAUUAAAAUUGAUGAAAGUCCUAGUAGAAAAAUGGGUAAAACAAAGGUGAACAAAUUGGAUGGGGUAAAAAAUGAAAACAAAUCCAAGUUUAGAUCAGGCAGUUUUUCAGAUAGUUUAGGAAAAGUCAAAUGCCAUGAUGACAAGCUCGUAACAAGUCAGAAAUUUGACAAAAAUAACAAUGACGCAAAAUGUAAAACAUUGAUACAUAAAAAUGGGGCUCGUUUAGACAGUAAAAUCAAAGACGAGUCAAAAUCUGUGAAAGAUAAAGCAAAAGAUAAAGCAAAAGGCCAAGGCAAGAAAUUGAAGCCAGGAUUGACAAAGCGAACUCUCAGUCACACAGACUUAUUUGGUGAUGACAGCAGUAAUGAUGAAAGCACUGUUAAACCUGACACUGCAGUGAAUUAUGAGUCUGAUAGAAAUCCACAAGUCAACACCAGUUCCAGUGAAGAUGAAACCGAGGGAAGUAUUGAACAAACAGCCUUUUCUUCUGAGGACGAUAUCGAUUAUCUCGGUUUAGAAAAAGACUUUGAAUUUGAAUCUGAUCCUAUGGAGGAAUGUCUAAGGAUUUUUAAUGAGUCUAACGAAGUAAAGAAUGAAGAUAAGGGCAGAAUUUCAAAACAGAUAGUUGAGAAAAGUAAAGAAGAAAAUGAGUCGAGUCUAACUACACUUUUUCCAGGGCAGAAAAGAAGAAUUUCACAUGUUUCAAAGCAAGAAAACGUGGAACCUGCCAAACCAGUUAUCCGUCCUUUUCGUAGACUUACUGCCCAAGAGGUUUGUUAUCAGCGGAGUCUGAUGGCACAACAGCAGGCCGCACAGCUUGCUGAAGUGGAAAAAUCAGUUAGUGCAUUUUUCAAUCGAGGGAAGAAGACGAGAAUUGCGCACAAGCCAAAGACAGAGAUUAUAUCAUCGGCUAAUGAAUCUCCAUUGAAGCAGAACACAGAACCAAUAAAGAGAACUAUAUGUCCUAAUGGUCCACAAAACAGCACCCCUGGGUUAAAACCUCAUACUGCUAUUGGCAUGGCAUCAAAAACUGUAUCUACUAUAGCACAGAAGAGGAUAGCUCAUACUCCUACUGUGAAGUCAAGCCUGAAGAGACCCACAAUUCCUACAGAAUAUGGCUCAAAAGUUCCAACAAACGUGAGACAACGAUACCUGAAUGUCUUCAUCGAUGAAUGUUUGAAAACCUGUGAAUCUGAACAAAUGGCCUAUGACAAGGCCUUGAGUGAAGAAAGUAUAGUGUAUCAACGAAGCACCAGCAGAACAGUGUACCUGAAUGUGGCUGUAAACACCUUAAAGAAGUUGAGGAGCCAAAGCAAUGCCAAGCCAACACCUACAAGAAAGACAACUAUUGUAUCUACAAACAAGAAGGUACAGUCACAUGAAGCAGUGCUUGGGGGAAAAUUGGCCACGAAGACAAGUUUCACUCUGAAUAGAUCUGGAAAGCAGCAAGAUGUUAAUCUGAGAGGUGCUGUGUUAUACAACAGAUUAAGUGAGUAUAUUUUAACUGAAGAACAAUUGCAGGAAAAUUGUUAUCCAAGGCCUCAUCCAGACAAACCAGGUGUUGCAGUGAUCUUUAACCAGACUGAGAAAAAGAAUAAUGUUGACCCUUCAAUAAGGACCUGUUGUCGUUGUGGAGCUGAAUAUGCUGUUUCCCUUAGUGGGAACUGUAUUCGGAAAGAGGAGUGUCACUAUCACUGGGGACGGAUGCGUCGUCAAAAAGUACCUGGUGGUUGGGAAACACAGUACACCUGCUGUGCAGGAGCAGUGGGAUCUCCAGGCUGCCAAACGGCAAAGCAACAUGUUCAGGAUGGUCGCAAGGAAAACUUAGCUGGCUUUAUGAAGACCUUCGAAAAAGCAAUGCCACCAGAUGAAAACCCGGGUGUCUUUGCUCUGGAUUGUGAAAUGUGCUACACAAAGCAAGGCUUGGAGCUGACCAGGUUGACUGUUAUAGACUCUGAUCUAAAGGUGGUGUAUGAUACAUUUGUCAAACCAGACAAUAAGGUCAUUGAUUACAACACCAGAUUUUCUGGAGUAACAGAGGAGGAUAUGGCAAACACAACAAUCACUAUCCGUGAUGUACAGGCAGUAUUACUGAAUAUGUUCAGUGCUGCCACCAUAUUAAUUGGGCACAGCUUGGAAAGUGAUUUAUUUGCACUAAAGCUUAUACAUAGCACAGUGAUUGAUACAGCGAUUGUGUUUCCACAUCGGCUGGGAUUGCCAUAUAAAAGAGCACUGAAAAAUUUAAUGGCAGACUACCUCAAGCGCAUUAUCCAGGAUAAUGUUGAAGGUCAUGAUUCCAGUGAAGAUGCUUGUGCCUGUAUGGAACUAAUGAUCUGGCGAAUAAAAGAAGAUGCAAAACUAAGAAGAUGACAUCUUCUGUGUCCAUUUUUGUCAUGCAUGUAAAGAAAUAACAUUUCAACAAGAUUCAUAAUGAGUAUGAAGUGAUAGGGAUGUUACGAUUUGUAGGAUUUUUGAAAAACUAAAGGCAAAGUUUGGCUGUUUUUUUAGAAAGAAAAAAACGCAAUCUGAUUCAAAAUUGCCUUUUUGUUUACAGUAUUUAUUUGGUUUUGUACAUGCAGUAAUCUUUUCAGAAAAAUUGCCAUGCCCGUUGUAAAUGUUUAAUUACCACAGUUCAACUACGUAGUAUCAUGACAUUUCUGUGUAAUGGCAUUCCAAGAAACGCAGUCAAUCUUGCGGCAGCUGUUGUCUAACUCGAAUGCGCCAAAAGCUAGUGAGUGGCUUUUUUAAAGUCAGAUUAAAGAAACUAAUGGAAUUUUGACCCAAAGCAAAUAUGCUUUUUCCUACCUUUUUGUUUCCUUUCCUGAGUUUAGUGAAUAAUCUGGUAUCCAGUGCCGAAUAAAAAUUAAAGGUAUGAUUCUUUUGUAUGUAGUGCCUGCUCAAUAACGUUUUCUAUCUGCCGCACAUGGUUCUUCAAAACUGUCUUAAAAGGAUGGAAUAGUGUGUUAUCUUUUAUAUCUAGUGUUGCGUUAUACUUGGGAUAUAGAAACUUACUGAGUUCUUCGGGCAUCUCUUCCUCACUCCUUUCCAAUUUUCUACCAAAAGGCAGAAUAGACUUACACAUUUUUUCUUUUAACUUUGUUUUGAUUAAUCAUCAUCUCACCUCUGAUACCUUUUUAAUUGGCUUUAAGGGUCCAUUAUCAGAGAAGUAUAGACCAAGCAAGGUACACGGUCUCCCUAUUUCAUUGGAUAUAUAACUGCCUAAUUUGAUACCAAACUUCAAAUUGUACUGGCUAAUAUUCUUUGUUACUAGAUUGAUCUUUUGUGUGCAUUUUCUUGUACUGUAAUUUAAUUUUUAUCAUGCCAACUGUUGCAUUGGAAGUGGAAAAAUUAUUUGAGAGUAUCUAAUGAAUACAUAAUUCUUAAACGUGAUGCAUUGUUUUCCUAACCUGUGUACAAUAGAAAUGCUCCCCAAUCCGAUCACAGUGCGCUUUUAAAAGGAUUAACGAAAUUGUUACAUAUAAGUGUUUAUACUCAAAAUAUCAGCUGUUUUUUUUAAUAGCUCAACAUUGUUCAUCAAUGCUAAUGUCUUUAUUUUUAAAAUGAAUACUGCUUUUAUAUGCAGAGUAUUUGAUGGGUUGGAUUUCCUUAAGAAAACUCCAAGGUUGGCAGUAGACACUUGCUAUACUGAAUAUUCAAAUAGAACUGUAGUUGCACUUGCAGUUUUUGUACAGUAGUGUUCCUGUCCUGACUAGUUUUGUUUUUUGAGUAAGUUGUAUAAAUAGUUUAGAUUCAGAUUUAUUUAUCACAUGUACAGCAUGUUGAAGCACAUAGUGGAAUGCAGAAUCUCUCAUGUUUAUUCAGUGAAAUGCAUCGUUUGCAUUAACAACCAACACACCUAAGGAUGUUCUGGGGGCAGCCCACGAGUGUCACCUCACAUUCUGGCAUCUACAUAGCAUACCCACAAUGCUUAGAAUUGUUUACACUUAUACUUUAAUUUAAUAUUUAAUGAUUGAAGCUAGGUGAAAGCAGUUUGUGAGUAUCACUGGAAUCCAAGAUUGUUCAUGGAGCUGCUAAAAUUCAUUAUAUACAAGAUCACUUGGUGUAAAGGAGUCUUUUACCUUCAAACAAUAAUUUUUGUUAGUUAUGGAUCUGCACAAUAAGGUGGAAAGGUAGUCUUAAUAUUACCUUGGAUAGCUGUAUCAUGGAGCAAAAUGGGCUGGUGUCUCAAAUGGAAUUUCAUUAACAAUAAAAAGAACAUUUCAUUACUUAAUAUUACUGUGGACUUAUUGAAAGUUAGUUGAAUGCUAAUCAGAGUGGGAUAGAUCCAUACUGGAAGUAUUUAGUGAUUAGUUCCUAGGCAAGGCCAAAUUGAUGAACUUCAGUGAGUGGAAAUGUGAAUAGUACAGCUGGUCUCUGAGGUAUUUGGAGAAGAGUCAGCUCAUCUACUCUCUAUCCAAUCAGUGUAUGUGUAAGGGGAAAUGGUAAAGAUCACUCUGGGUUACUAGAGAGCUCUAGCAUACUGCAAACAAUGCCAAAAGAAGCUAGUGACUUCAGGUCAAAAGAGUUAACUAAAGCAGGGGUCCCCAACCUUUAUUGCACCGCGGAACAGUUUUAUAUUGACAAUAUUCUUGCGGACUGGCGGACGGGGGGCGUGGGGGGGGUGUUCAAGUUCAACAGUGGGCGUGACAGGGAAUGAGGAAAGGUGCAGCUGACUCGUAUCGUUUCAUAUCGCCAAAUCAUAUCGUUUCCACACAGCCCGAUAGGACAUGCUUUGCGGCCUGGUACUGGUCUGCGGCCUGGUGGCCACUGGACUAAAGGACAAUAAAUAAAUCUGUUAUCCAGUUUUUUUGAAGAUGGUACUUAAUUUUUAUGAGUCUUUGAAUAGAAACACAAGAAGUUGCAUUUGCUGGAAUCUGGUGGUUUGUUAAUCUGUUCUGAUUACCUUGAUAAGUUAUUGUGUUAAACCAAAUUAUUUUCACAGAGCUUCUUAACUGCUUAGCAGACAAAGGUGCCAUUUGCCAUGGUCUAAUGCUGAUCAGAAAUCUCUGUUCUUUCCUGGUUUGAGCAGAGUGACUCAUCUCAGGACAAUCGUUUGCGGCAUCAUAAUUUGCCUUGUUCUUUUCCUUAACCUAAAGACUUUAUCUUGCUGUGCAUGGUUGCUCUUCUGUAGGAGCUGCUGCUGUUUGUGGUAGGGUAUGGUGGGGGUACAUCUUCACUCAGGAAUUUGCAAUUCGCUGCAGCAGGAGUAGAGGAAGACUGUUCAUGUUUAAUUUUAUUGAGUGUACAGCUUCAGCUGCAAAUAAAUAUACCUUCAUUGGCUAAGCUUCAUCUUUUGACACUUUCGAAAAGGUUAGAGGCCACAGAGAUGGAAUAGCAAAGUAAUUUUUAAAUAUAUCCUCACAGCCCUGUUAGCAAUAAUUGUCCAGCUUUUUAACUGAAUAACCCCAAGUUUUAAUAUAUUGAAUUAUUAGUUACUGUGAAGGUUAAGCUAUUAUACAAGGGAACUAAUUCUGAAUCUCUGCUUCUGCCAGUAUUCACCACCUUUCUUGAUUUUUAGACUACUUAAUUGAAUAAGUCACUUCAUGAUGGCAGAACAGUCCAUUAAAGGACAAAGCAAACGCUGAUCUGCAGAGUUGCUUCCCUUGCUCACUGUUGGAGUGAGUGAGUGUUCAGACAAUCUUUACUGUCCUAAAAGUAUGGGCUCUGACUUUAGUUGGAAACUUUGGGUCAAAAUAAAGAAAGAAGCACAUUCAGUAAACUUGAGUUGUAACUGCUAACAAAAUUAGUAAGUUUGGAGAAGAAGAAAGAUUUUCUCAAGGUUGUUUGGUUUAACUACCAUAAGACCAAUAGUAAAUCGACAAGUUUCACUAAACAUGUACAAAAGAUCAAAAUAUUUGCAACCAUGAUCUAUUGAGUAAUUUUAAAAAUCUAAAUAAUUACCAAAGCAAUUUACUACUUAAUAUGAUUAAUGUGCUACAUAUUAUUUGUUGUUUGACUUUAAUAGAUGUAAAGAGCUAAGGUUCUUCAUGAAAGUAAUUCUGUGAUGGUUGAGCAUUGGUCUGUGAACCAGAAUGAUGUUGAACCUUAAAUGUUCCUUAACAAUGCAAAUAGUAAAUUUUGUAAAGACUUGGUAUUAAAAGGAUGUAAUUCCUCAAUUUUUGUGGCUGUUCCCUCAGCAAAAAAUAAUUAUGCUAAUAAUUUUAAAAUGUGAUAAGUUUAAAUAUAUUACUGAAAUUUUAAGCCAACCUUGCACAUUGGAUAAAAAACUAAACUUGUGUAUAAACAUUACUAAGAGCUAUGACUAUACAAAACAUAUA